UAAUACGGUCUUGGCUCACAACGGUUCCUCAAUAACAUCUAAUAAUUUAGUCUGGUAGUACACACCUGCAAUCCCAGAACUCAAGAGGCAAAGUGAGAGGCAGGAAGAUCUUGAGUACAAGGACAGCCUAGAUACAGAGUAGAUCCUGCCUGGGAAAAAAAGAUAGCAUAGGUAUAACCUAUGUUUCUCCAGUGUACCACCAUCAAGAGCUUAGAAAUAGGAUUUCGGCUCUGAAGGUCACGGCAACCUGAAGUCAUUUCACCUGCUGUCCUCAUUUUACUCCUCCCCGAUAAUUCUUUUUCCUUUUCUUUACCUUUCCAGAUAUUGUCACAGAGGGCAGUCAUUUCACACACAAAAAGGGUGUUCAUUAGUAAUCAAAAAGCAAAAGGAUAAUGUCAUAUCAAAAUGUUACCAAAAGUAGAUCUUUGGCACCUUGCUCUGAAUAUGUAUGACCACAUUUAAGUCUGUUAGAAACAAUUAACAAUGAUGGAAAAGAAAAUCAUGCUGUUGGUUGAGCUACUAUGUUUCCUUUUCUUCCAGAUAUGUGCAAAGAAUAGACAACUGUCUAGAACCACAGACUCAAUCCUAAUUAAAUUCUCACCCCAGGAUGGAAGGAGAAUCUUACCACAAUGCAACGAUGGUCAACGGCACCCCAGUAGUUGGCCAGCCUUCAGAACACCGUGGGCUGUGGGAAGUCCUCACCAUCGCUGCUGUGACAGCUGUGGUCAGCCUGAUCACUAUCGUGGGCAACAUCUUGGUCAUGCUCUCCUUCAAAGUCAACAGUCAGCUGAAGACAGUUAACAACUAUUACCUGCUCAGUUUAGCCUGUGCAGACCUCAUCAUUGGGAUCUUCUCCAUGAACCUCUAUACCACCUAUAUCCUCAUGGGACGCUGGGUUCUCGGAAGCCUGGCCUGCGACCUUUGGCUUGCCCUGGACUAUGUGGCCAGCAAUGCUUCUGUCAUGAACCUGCUUGUAAUCAGUUUUGACCGAUACUUUUCUAUCACGAGACCCCUGACCUACAGGGCCAAGCGUACCCCGAAGAGGGCUGGCAUCAUGAUUGGCUUGGCCUGGUUCAUCUCCUUCAUCCUCUGGGCCCCAGCAAUUCUCUGCUGGCAGUACUUGGUUGGGAAGCGGACGGUGCCACCAGAUGAAUGCCAGAUCCAGUUCCUCUCUGAGCCCACCAUCACAUUUGGCACUGCCAUCGCUGCUUUCUACAUCCCAGUUUCUGUCAUGACUAUCCUCUACUGCCGGAUCUACCGGGAGACAGAGAAGCGAACCAAGGACCUGGCCGACCUCCAGGGCUCAGAUUCUGUGGGCAAAUCUGAGGAGAGGAAGCCGGCCCACAGGGCUCUGUUCACAUCCUGCUGUAGCUGCCCUGGGCCCACCCUGGCCCUGAGGGAGAGGAACCAGGCCUCUUGGUCAUCCUCCCACAGGAGCACCUCCACCAGAGCAAAGCCACCCCCAGCCCCUGGCCCAGGCAUGGACUGGGCCAAAACUGAGCAGCUCAUGACCUACAGUAGCUACGCCUCCUCAGAGGAGGAGGACAAGCCUGCUGCUCACCCUGUCUUCCAAGUGGUCUACAAGAAUCAGGCCAAGGAAAGCCCAAGGCAAGAAUUUGGUGCUGAAGAGACCAAAGAAAUGAAAGCUCAGCCUGAAAAGAAUGACUGUGACACCCCAAAAUAUUUCCUGUCUAGAGCAGCAGCUCACAGACUCAAGAGUCAGAAAUGCAUCACUUAUAAAUUCCGGUUGGUGGUGAAGGCUGAUGGGACCCAAGAGACCAACAAUGGCUGUCGCAAGGUGAAAAUCAUGCCUUGUUCCUUGCCAAGGCCCAAGGACACUUCAUCAAAAGGCCUGGACCCCAACCUCAGCCAUCAAAUGACCAAACGGAAGAGAAUGGUCCUUAUCAAAGAGAGGAAGGCAGCCCAGACCUUGAGUGCCAUUCUCCUGGCCUUCAUCAUUACAUGGACCCCAUACAACAUCAUGGUCCUGGUCUCUACCUUCUGUGACAAAUGCAUCCCCAUCACCCUGUGGCACCUGGGCUACUGGCUGUGCUAUGUGAAUAGCACAGUCAACCCCAUCUGCUAUGCACUCUGCAACAGAACCUUCAGGAAGACCUUCAAGAUGCUGCUUCUCUGCCGCUGGAAACAGAAGAAAGGAGAAGAAAAGCUGUACUGGCAAGGGAACAGUAAGCUACCCUGAUGAGCGAACAACUUUCUCAAAGGCAGGACCAAUAAUCUGGCUUGCUAUUAUUAAAAAUGUCUCCUCUCAUUUGAAGUCCCUGAAACAUUUAAAGGCACAAGGUCUGUUGGUUGCCAAAAGAAAGGUGUCACAGCUAUAGCCACUGCUGCCUGACACAACUAACAUCUGCCAGUGAAGCAGAGGCAAGCCCAAGGCCCUUUCUUUGCACUUGGGUCACAAUGAAUAAUGACCCAGGGACCAGACGGAAACUAUCCUAAGAGUUUUGUACAAUAUGUUUACAUCCACGCAGUUGUCUUCUACCAGUGAAAACCAGAAUGUAAGUCAGUGCCACCUAUAAGAAGAGUGCUAUAGUCGAUUGGCUUCUAAGGGUAUAUUUUUUCAUAAGUAAUGAGUAUUCAUGAUGCUGCUCUGGUGUGACCUGUACCGUGGUGUGUUCUCUUGUUCCUUCAUUGAGUGAAGCUCUCACUUUCCCCUCUUGUGACUGUACCAAUUCCUGAACCCUCUGAAACCAUGAGUCUCCCCAGAACCACCCUUCCUCUCAGAAGCUUGGGUCCAGAGGACACUGCCCCUGGUCAGCCCUGGUCCUUCACAGGGACCUGCAUUCUGCUAGUAAUGAUGGGACCUUGGGGAGGGAUCCACAGUCCAGUUGUUUGAGGGUUUAGCCAGUGGGGAUUUUUCCAUUUCAUCUAUAAUAUUGUGUGGACUACUUAGUGCCCUUUUGAAGUCUUAGGAGGAUGAAUUGUGCAAGAGCCCUGCACUGGUUCCAUCUUCUCCAGGUUACAUAAUCAUGGUUCUCUGGCUUCAUUUUCAGAGGACUAGCUCUCUAAUCUUUUCACAAGGCAAACUACAGGUAAAGUGUAGGAAACAAAUUGGAUCUCAUUCCAUGCUUUUGAAAGCCCCUAAC